GUCCUCCUCGGGAUAUGUCGGUGUCCGUGUGUUCCAAGCGGCGGUCUGAGCUGGGCGAAGGCCCACACUGGGACUCCAGUUCGGGCACCUUGGUGCACAUCGACGCCUACGUGAACGACGUGUGCCGGCUGGACGUGGCAUCGCAGGAGACGUCCACAGUUCGCCUGGACGGCAUCGUGACAUUCGUCAUUCCGUACCGAUCCGACCCAAACCUGAGCGUGGUCACGGUGAACCGCCAGGUCCGGAAACUGGAAUGGACGACCGGCGCAACGGAGCUGCUGGCCGAGGUAGAGCCGGACCGACCAAACAACAUCUUCAACGACGGCAAGUGCGACGCCUCGGGUCGCCUGUGGGCAGGGACAAUGGGCAGGUACAGUGACGACGACCCCGUACAGGAAAGUGGGUCCCUGUACAGCUUCGAAGCGAGCAACUUUGAGACGAGGACCCACGUGCAGCAGCUGGGCAUUUCGAACGGGAUGACGUGGUCUCUGGACAACGAGACGAUGUUCUUCAACGACUCUCUCAAACGGAAGAUUUACUCGUUUCGCUUUUCAGCGGAAGACGGAACGCUCAGAGACAAGCAGGUUUUCUUAGACUUCGCGACCAACCCCAUGUUCAAGGAUUGCGGUGAUCCCGACGGCAUGACCCACGACGUCGAGGGGAAGCUUUGGGUGGCAUGCUGGGACGCCUCGAGAGUCAUCAACAUUGACCCAGAGACAGGAAAGCUGCUGCGGCAAGUAGCGUUUCCGGUUUCGAGACCCACCUCGUGUUGCUUCGGGGGACCAAAUUACGACGUGUUGUACGUCACAUCCGCCUGGAGGGGACUCAGCGCCACACACCGGGGGUGCCAACCCCUGGCGGGAGCCGUAUUUCAAGUUGCCAACCUGGGCACCAGGGGGCUUCCGGCUAACACGUUCAACCGCUAGAUGUACAUAAAGACGCUUAAAGCUUGGAAUAAAUGCUCUCGCAGCAGAAUUU